AUGGUUUUUAUUAUUCUAACCCUCCCAGAGCGGCGACAAUCGCCGCUAGGGCUGACGGGUGGCCCCGGACGCGCUAGCACGCGGACCCACGUGACCCCGCCGGCUGAAGCGGUUUGCGAUUCAGCCGAAGCGCAUCCGAACUCGCUCAUCAUUGCGACAAAGUUGGGCAUCGUUUUUCCCGCUCCGAGCGGGCGGCGGGGCGCACCACAUCGGUUGGCUGAGAGCAGUUGA